AUGAAUGGACGUGCACCAAAACGUCCACGAGAGCCUGCGCCCGGUGAUUGUUGUGGGAGCGGAUGCUCAAGGUGUGUAUGGGAUGUUUAUUUCGACGAACUUGCAAGUUACGAGGAAUACGUUAGGGAUUUGAAGGCGCAUGGUGUAGAGUUGGACGAGGAUGAAGAGGAGGAAACGGGGUCGUCGUCGGAUGAGGACAACGGCGAAGCACACGAUUUCGUGGGCUCUGUUGUGAUUAAGUACAUAGAUGCUCCUACGAAUGAAGACAAGGUUAUAACACCGGCGGUAGCCUUGUCUAGCAUUUUGGGGCAUUUUUCACCCAUUCGUGAUGUUCGCCUGGUGCGAAGCAGCAGUUCCCAGUUAGUUAAGGACAAGCCUUCGCAGGAGGGUCAAGAACAGGCGGUGCAAAUCGUUGACGUCUUGUUAGAUAAUAGCUGUAGGUCGGAGGAGGCAAUGACCUCUGUUGUGCCGUUACCGGGAGAUGUGGUAGAGGUAUUUAUUCCCAACGACUAUGACAUGCAUAAUUCGGGAUAUUACGGAGAGGUAGAGAAGCUGUGCGAUCAUCUCAAGCUUAACCCAAAUCAAUGGUGUGAAAUCCACCGAUCUCCGUUUGUGCCUCCAACCCAUUUCCCUCCUUGGUUGCCGUUGCACUGCCCAAUUCAAAUUCGGAUGCUGCUUGCAUAUUUUGUUGAUAUUGGUAGUUGUGGUUACCUUCUGCGGCCAGCCUUUUUUCAGACUUUAUUGCGUCUCGCCGCGUCAAACCAGACUGCUCAGCCUCGGGCCACGACAGAAAGGGCGGUGGACUCCAUGAAACUACUAGAGAACUGUGCCUCGAAGGAGGUGGCGCCAUUCCUCUAUAGGAAGGUUAUGAAUGAGGGCUCGGCACUUUGCUAUCCACGGUUAAUUGACAUGUUAAAUGUUUUUCACUUUGUACAAAUUCCUCUUGCGCGGCUGCUGGAGGUAAGUGGACCGUUGCGUCCGCGACGGUUUAGUGUAACCGAUUACACAUUGGAUGAUUCUUCUGCGGUUGGACGACUACGUUCCGUACAGUUGUGUCUUCGGAGGGUUGAUGUGAGUAGCAUGACAGCUGACGACGCGGGGAGCGGCAAGGAAGAUGUGGCACGCACUCUUGCAAGACACUUGCGCGCUGCCGCCUUGCACUGCGAUACUUCAGACAGCAGUAACUGCAACAUGACAAGGCCAUGUUUUUUCAAAGGCCAUGUUUCACACCCGCUGUGUACGUUUGCUUCACAACCACAUUCUCUUCCCAUGUAUGUGGGCACGAAAUUGUUUGGUACUACCCUCUUCGCGAGAAGCUUGAACGCGGCCACGCUGCCGUUUAGGACACCAGUGGCGGUGUCGGCGACACUUCCAUUACUGAUCUUCGUUGGAGCUGGAACAGGCAUAGCCCCUUUUGUAGGUGCCAUUAACCAGCUUAUGCGUCACCGUCGAAGUGCCGUGGAAUUGGGGACUCGGCUCCCCAAUUGUUGGGUGGUAUACGGUGCAAGGACCUUUGCAGAGCUAGUAUACCACCGUGAGCUGCAGGAGGCCUUGAGGUUAAACGCCAUCUCCCGUUACGAUGUGGCACUUUCGCGUUCCAGCAGCGAGGGGUAUCCCAAGUACGUCACGGACGUGUUGGAUUUCCAUGCGGAGGAGCUUCGCCGUGCCAUUCUCGAGAACAACGCCCGGUUGUUCGCCUGUGGACCGGCGGCAGCCCUGAAGUCGUUGCGAGGAAGGCUGGCAAAUCAUAUUUUGCGCCUUAACGACGAUGACGAGAGUGUUAGAGAACAACGUUUGUUGCUCUUGGAAAAAACAGGUCAGGUUAUGUUUGACGUUUGGGCGAAGGUAAACAUUUUUGAGUAA